ACCGUGAAUUAGAGACCGACUCCGUACCCGACCGGCCCGUAGUUCGAUGACCAAGCUUCCGUCCGCUUGUUCCCAGAGCAAAGAAAAACUGUGAGGGUAAGGGGGGGCAAGAUGGGGUUCCCGUGCAGCGUCGCUCCGCGCGCACGCUUCCCCAGGUUUGGGGAGCUCGGCAAGAGAAAAGUGGUAACUGGAACUGCGGCUGAGGGGCGACUUCUGUUGAACUGCUUUCCACAGCCGUGCACAGGAGGGGAAACAGUGCAGGUGUUCGAAUUAUUUACUGUUUCAUCCGGCGGCCAGAUUGCCAGCUUUCUUCGGCUGAGGGGGGGACGAGUCCGAGUACAGUGGUGGACCGGCCGCCCCUCAGAAUCUACCAUCGAAGGUGUGACGGCAUGUGCUCUUCAAAAAAAGAGUUUUUCUUCCCGUACUCCCACCCAGAAGCGCUUACGCACUCUUGCCGCAUCCGCGGAAAAAUUGCUGGCUCUUUUUUCGGGUUGUUGUGCGUUCUGGGUUCCUAAAGCCGUGCUCACUCAUCAAAGCGCGUCCACGCACAGACCCGCGCCACGUCUGUCGGUUUUUGAAGCCCACCACAAAGAAAGCGCAGUGUGUUUGUAUAGUUUUGAGAUAGUGUUGCCCCCCAAAAAGAGGACAAAUCGUUCAACAGAGAAGAGCGAAGGCGUUCUUCCUUCGAAGACACGCGUCCACCCGCAACAGAGGUAUCAACCGUCCCGAGCAAACUGUUGCGACUGUGCCUUGAAUGCAAGUAAGCGUUUUGCGUGAUUCGGAAAUGCUCGGUGCCAUAUACCUCCUAGAGAGGACGGGCAGUCACGGAGCUGUAAAGCCUCCACCCUGCAUUCCACGGACAGAGCGUUGCGGCCUGUCUCUGUUCCUGGUUGAGUGUGUCUACCGGUCGUCGCGGAACGGCCCUCCUGGGUUGUUCCCGUGUUUUUUGAAGUUGGUAAUGCCCCGCUGCGUUUCAUGCGUCGAAGUGAAAUACAGUCGGAGACCAAACCAUCUCGAUGGAAAUCGAAUAACGCAGCAAGCUGCUGUCGGCGUCCCCAAGCCGUUGCUCUGUGGCCGCCGUUUUCAACCCUCG